AUGGCGGAGAUCUUUGUGGGCAAAACACGACCUUGUCUCAGGAUGUCUGUCUUACAGAACAAUGAGAUCAUACUAGCAGAUGAAUCUGUAAAAGUGAUCAAACAAGAGAACGGGGUUGACGUACCAUACCAGGUCCACUCUAUCGGUCUCUAUGUUGUUGUUGAGGCUGAAAAUGGCCUGAUCCUCAUGUGGGACAAGAAGAAUAGCCUGUUCAUCAAACUCAGCUCUACCUUCCAGGGCCAAGUGUGUGGUCUGUGUGGUAACUACGACGGUAAUGGAAAGAACGACUUCACGUCCAGAAACCAGGAAGUGGUUGUUGAAGCUCUGGAGUUUGGGAACAGCUGGAAAGUGUCACCCAGUUGCCCCAACGCUGAUGUCAUAAAAAACCCAUGCACUUUAAGAUCAUACAGGCAGUCCUGGUCUCUGAAACGCUGCAGCAUCAUCACCAGUAACGUUUUCUCAGCCUGCCACUCACAGGUGGACCCCACGCCAUUCCAUGAUGCCUGUGUGAGGGACUCGUGUGCCUGUGACACUGGGGGAGACUGCGAGUGUUUCUGUACAGCUGUAGCAGCCUACGCCCAGGCCUGUAACGAGGCAGGGGCUUGUAUCAAGUGGAGGACACCAGAUAUCUGCCCUCUGUUCUGUGAUUUCUACAACCCUAUUGGUGAGUGUGAGUGGCAUUAUAAUCCGUGUGGAUACCCCUGUAUGAAGACCUGCAAGAAUCCCUCAGGAACAUGCUCCAGUCAGAUCCCUGCACUGGAAGGUAACUAA